GCUCCUAGACACUGUAAUUGACCAGCCUGCGGAUCGCAGUAAAUACGGACACUGCCAUUUAGCCCUACUUCUUUACCUGCUUCUCCAAAGUCAAUUUACGCCUCCUUAGUCUCAAGCAACAACAAAGCAUUUGUGAAGUUGCCCGCGAGGGAGAGCAGGGAAGCCGGGCUGCCGCACGCAGCUCUUUCCACUGCUCGCCAGUGCCCGGCCCGGGCUAAUGAAAGUGACUUGGCGAGGGGAAAUGACCGGGGGAUGUGGGCGGCUCUCCCUCCCCCACCCCCUUGGGAGCGAGCCCCUCCUGCCAAGUUGCGCGGCAGCCCAUAAAUAGGCGAGGGGGAGCCGGCUUGGGCUCACAACCGGCACCGCGCACCCCGCCGCCCCCGCCCCGCCUGCAGCUCGCUAGCACCGCGCCCGCCGCCCUAGGACCCGCCACCCGUACGGCUCCCUGCCCCGGCCAGCCAGCACCGAGCCCAGCGCCCUGCACGGACCCGCACCCCCGCCUCCAAGAUGCAGAAGUGCACUGGUCUCCUGUUUCUUUCUCUCAUCCUUUGCGCCACCUUGUCAGAAACAUUCGGGCUGGUUCUAUCAGCAAAAGAAAAGAGGGGCUGGACUUUGAAUAGUGCUGGUUACCUACUUGGGCCACGUCGUAUUGAUCAGCUUUUACUGAUAAAGGAAAUGCCCAUUGCAAGGGGGAGAGAAGAGGCACCUGGGGAAUAUGCAAUAGAUAACCACAGAUCUUUUAAUGAAAAACAUGGGCUAGCUGGUAAACGUGAAAUACAGCCUGAAGAGGAUAUGAAAUCAGGUGUUCUUGGAAGAUCUCUGGCCGAUGACAACAUUGUGCGCACAGUAAUUGAAUUUUUGAAUUAUUUGCAUCUUAAAGAGGUUGGGGCACUUGACAGUCUACCUUCAUCAGAAGAAACAAAUCAGUCCUGAAAAAGAAAAUAUUUCUAUUUUGUCGUAUUGUAAAUUAAGAUUGAACUCCAAACAGAGCUUGGAAUGAACAGAAGAGGCUGAUUAUUGUUUACAUUAAUCUUACACAGAGUUAUACAUGGUAAACUACUCUCUGCCCUCUUGGGUCUUUUUCUGUGAUGUUACAUCGUAAAAUUUUGCCUUGAUAAACAAUUUUCUUUAGGUAAAUGGUAAAAUAAAAAAGAGCAGCUACA